GGGAAUUUCAAAUCUCUGUUUAUAUGCUUGUCGAGACUUAACAUUAGAGGAGGGUUCUUCAGCAAGAGGAAAACUUCACCCGUUCCUUUUCGUCUAUUGUUUGAAAGGUUUAAACAUUCAUUUUCAUCCUUUUAUUACCAUUCUUUUAUUCUCUUUUUAUUUAUAUUUUUGUUUUUUUUUCAACGCUUUCUACUCAGAGAUCUUGCUUUUCAUACAUUUAGAAAAUCUUGAUCUGAGCUUCCUAUUGAGUUUUAUUGAGAUUUAAUAAAUUCUUUUUUGGAUAGUCUAUUCAUAUUUAUUGCGAAAACACGAAUCGAACCAUGGCUGCCGAAAAAUUUAACACUUUUGGGGAAAAAAGAAUCCCUCUAUCUUCUAAUACUUCUGAAAAAGUAGCGGCCCAAGCUGCUAUUAGGGCUUCUUCUGGUGCUUUUGCUCAACUCACCUCUUCUCAAAUUCAAGAGCUCAAGGAAGCUUUUGCCUUACUUGACAAGGAUGGUGAUGGAAAUAUCGGCGAGGAUGAUUUGAAAACCAUGCUUUCGUCGUUAAACCAAGAUUCUUCUAGUCAGAUUAUUGAGCAAAUGUUUGAUUCUAUCCAUCCCCCUAUAAAUUUAGCUUCUUUCCUCACGUUCAUGGGUUCAAUGUUAUGCCGUAUCUCUCCUAGAAUGGAUCUCUUAGAAGCUUUUGCAACCUUUGACGAUACUCAAUCGGGAAAAAUUCCAAUUGGUUUGUUAAAGGAAGCUUUGUCUACGAUGGGAGAUCGGAUUGAUGUUAAAGAUGUUGAGUCUAUUCUCCGUUCUCACACUAGCCAUGGAAUGUUUUAUUAUGAAAAGUUUGUAGAUGCUGUGGCUGGAUCUAAAGACAGUACCUAAGGUUUUUUUUCUCGCCUUUCUUUCUUUAUGAGUUCAUUCUUCCUUACCUGCUUUGGUAUAAAUGCUAUUUACUAACACGACUCUUUUAACUCGUCAUUUAAUUACAUCUCUCCUAUUUUUUAUGCCUCAAAUCGUAAUUUUAUUCUUAUACAAAUUUACCCAGGCUACCGUAUGUCUCAUUCAAUCUUUUGUCUGCUUCUAUAGCUCCAUGCUCAUAACAAAAAGCAAGUACUGAUUUGGUUUAUUUCUUUUUAUUUUGAUAUUUCAAAAUGUAAGAUUUGCUUUUUCCAGUAUCAUUUCAAAGAUAGAAGAAGUUGGCUUUCUAUACUGACAUAUAUCCGUUAUAGAUUAUGUCCAAUUCAUUCGCUUAUGUCUCGUCGUCGAUGUUCCUGUAUCUAACUGUUUACCUCCAAUUAUCUUUGUAUAUACUCUUCAUGGUCUAGUUUCCAUCCGUAAAUAUCCACCUUCCAAUUAUUUAUAAACUCAACUGCACAUAAGUUUCUGUAUGAUGAAACUGACAGGAUGCCACACAAAAUCGUAAUGAUCAAAAUUUCCUAUAUAAAUUCAUAACAUGUCCGCCUUUGUUUCAGGAAGACCUUUGACGUACAACACCUAUCAAUGUUUAGAGUCUACAUCUUUCAGCAUAUAUAUAUGAGCCGACCAUAAUUUGACAGCAAUAUGCAUCCCUUCACACAUCUCAAGACCUUGUUGAUUUAAUUCUUUGAAUAAUCCUUCUUACUAUUGUAAACGCACAGUACUUCGAUGCUGCUCUAUCUUACCUCUCCUACUAGAUUCCUCACUACCUACUACUACCCACAAAUAAUGAUACAAACAAUCAAAUAC